AUGCAGCUCUUCGUCGUCCUCCUCGUCCUCGUGUCCUCUCAAGGCAUGGCGGUCAUGGCGUGGGCCGGCUGCACCAGAGACCGGGACAAGGACCACCGGACCCGGGAGAACUGCACGGUGCUGGGCUUCAGCGACGUCCCGCCAGGAUUCGAACCCACGACCAUGGUUAUGUUGUUUCCCAACAACCUCUUCUCCAGUCUGUCCUGGUCCUCUUUCCAGAUCUUCACAAAGAUCUACGAGAUCGACCUCACAGCCAACAAGGUUCCAGAGGUGACCCCCAGUGUAACUCCAAUCCUGCCCACACUCAGUGUUCUCCGGCUGGGGUCGAACCGUCUGACGUCCCUCCCUGACCUGUCCUUCUCCGCCUGUCCUGCUCUGACUGAACUCUACCUGGACAACAACGCCGUGGACUCUCUGAGCGACCGCACCUUCUCUGGACUCAGCAAGCUGGAGAUCCUGGACUUGUCCUCCAAUCGUAUCAAGGUGCUUCCUGACCUCUUGCUCCACCCACUCCCUGCCAUAGAAACCCUUUUACUGGAGAACAACAAGAUCGAGGUGGUGCCAGAUAAUUGGUUUAGCGAGAAGGAGGCGGUACCAUACCUCUUCUUCUCAGCCAAUCCCUGGACCUGCUCCUGUUCUCUCGGUUACUUGCGCCGAUACCUUGACGAAUACGAAUUCAACUUCUAUGUCCGGGAUGGCCCGAGCAUCAAGAGCAAUGGAGAGAGCGUGAUCUGUGGCUCCCCUCAGUCGUAUAAGGAUAAACCUGUACUGAGUCUGGAAGAAUCUGAUCUUUGUCCACCUGCAACAAUACUGCGCGGAGACAAAAUCGAACCAAGAAUUGAAACUGUCCAUACCACUCCACCAAACUCUGCUUUUCCUACUACCCUAACUCCUAUUCCCACUACUACAACCACUUCUCCUACUCCUAUUCCUACUACUACUACCACUUCUCCUACUACUACUACCACUUCUCCUACUCAUAUUCCUAUUACUACUCUCCCUACUCCUAUUCCUAUUCCUCCUACUACUCCUGCUUUCAUUCCUUUCUAUUACUACACCUUUAGAGCCACCUUGGCUCAGCCCAUUGUUACUGCUUUUCCUGCUGCCAGACUCUCAACAAAGAGUCCAACCACAGUGACGCCAUCUACGCCAGCUGUCACUACGCCCACAAAAGUCCAAUCCAUUCCUUCGACCGUAACAUCGGCAACACUGACACUCCGGGUAUCCACGACAACAGAGGCAGCUGCCACAUCGCCCCCUCCCUGGGUGAUCAGGGAAGUCACAGACGGUAGAAUCGAUGCCGCCAAAGGUGCAGCGGUGUUCUGUUUCUGGCUUUUCGUGGGGUGUCUGCUGAUGUGCGUGGCAUCCGCAGCAUGUAUAUUGGUGACCGUGACGAGGCUCGUCUUCUGGUACAGGCAGGUGUACAAGCCACUGAGCAUGAUGCUGGCGAGGAGGCGGGGAGGUGGUGACAGAAUGGCGCUGUUAGCGUGCAGCAGAAGGGAAAGGAGAGAGGUGGCAGGAGGAGGAGGAGGAGGAGGAGGAGCAGUGAUGGCGCUGUAUCGCUCUGUGCUGUACAUCCACAAAGAGGGAGGAGUACCUUCAGAGAGAGAAGAUGGAUGGAAGGAGAGUGAUAGAGGGAAUGACGGACUUCUUGUCACUCUGGUGCCAACAGGAAGAGGAGGAGUGCUGAAAGAGGAAGAAGGAGAAAGAGUAGAGAGGGAGGAAAAGGGAGUGUACAGGAAGACGCUGUAUCGUCUGUGCAGCAGAGAGCAGGAGGUGGAGGGGUGGAGGAACGUGAUGGAGGAGUGUCAGGUAUCUGCAGGAGGAGGAGGAGCAGCAGGAGGUGGAGGAGAAGGAGCAGGAGGAGGAGGAGGAAGAAAGAGCUACAGUGUUAUUCUGAGGGAGGAGAGGGAGGAGGCGGGGGGAGGGAGGGAGGAGCUGGAGUGGGUGGUGGGGGGUUGGGAGGUGAAGAGCGGAAGUGAGGAGAAGGGGGCGGAGUCCAGGAGCAGCUGGGGGGAGUGGCUGGCACACUACUUACCCAGCAUGCCCUGGGGUGUGGCCACGCCUCCUGAUGGCGGGGCAGCUCAGUGAUGUCACCGGUGGAGCUGCAUCAAAUAUUGGCCCAAAGAAUACAGUCUCAGGAUGUUUUUAUGUAACAUUUUACUCACUGUGUCCUCGAUUUCAUGCAAUAUACAAUAUAUAUAUAAAUCUAUAAGUCCUGCAGCUUUAUGGAAUCAGCAUUCAAAGCAAAGCAACAGAAAGAACUCAGAAAUGUCUUCUGUUAAGGAUGGUUAUAACGUAGGACGGAGUAUUAGCGGCACAUUUAGAAAAAAAAAUUAAUUAUGAGAUUACAGUC